CACGUGACUCCGUGUAGUUAAGUUGGCAUUAGGGUUUGUUCUUCCCAUCAACGCGCCUCUCUUAAAACCCUCACAAUACCUCCAAACGCACACUCUCUUUCUCUCUCCUAUUUUUUCCUGCUCGGAGGCGCCUCCCGACGAUCUCAUUCUUCUCGUCACGCCGAACUGAGCAGUAAUGGUGAGGGUCAGUGUGCUGAAUGAUGCUCUGAACACAAUGUACAAUGCAGAGAAGCGUGGGAAGCGCCAAGCCCUUAUCAGGCCUUCAUCUAAAGUGGUCAUCAAGUUUCUUCUUGUUAUGCAAAAGCAUGGUUACAUUGGUGAGUUCGAGUAUGUUGAUGACCACAGGUCUGGAAAGAUUGUUGUUGAGUUGAAUGGAAGACUGAACAAGUGUGGGGUCAUCAGUCCCCGCUUUGAUGUUGGUGUUAAGGAGAUCGAGUCUUGGACUGCUAGACUUCUUCCUUCUAGACAGUUUGGGUACAUUGUGUUGACUACAUCCGCUGGUAUCAUGGAUCAUGAAGAGGCAAGAAGAAAGAACGUCGGAGGCAAAGUGCUUGGUUUCUUCUAUUAGGAGUUGAAUGUCGUAGACAACUUGCUAGGUUUUCUUCUAUUAGGAGUGCCUUUAGUUUAAUGCUGCGAUGUUUUAAAUUAUAGAUAUUGAGUUGCUUUUUAGGUAUUUUGGAACAUGCAUAGUUAUCAGGGCUCAGGUUUGGCUUCGAUUUGGGAAGGCUCUCAAUGGUUUUGAUAUUUAUUUAGGCACAAUUAUCAAAUUUUGCUGUAAUGUGUUGUUUUUGUGAUUGGAUUUGAACCAUUUUUAUACAUUUCCCAAAGGCCAAUCGUAUUUGGCAGUAAUCUGAGAUACAAUACGUUCCAACAAGAAAUCUUAUUUGUAUUUAGUUUCA